UGGCGACAUUAGUCUAUUGCAGUAUUGCCUAUUUGUUAACUUAAUGGCUAAUGCUCAUUUUUCAUUCUUUGGGUUACAUAAAUUAUUAUUUUUAAUUUGGAUUCUUUUAAAAAUAGUCAAUACUUGAACGUAAUUAUCACGAACUUCCUUUACUUAAAAAUGGCUGGGUGUUCUAGGGACAGCCAAAUUGUCGAUUCAGACAAUAUUCAAAUCAAUUUGCAGAAAUCAUCUUGUUGUUAUGUAUGCAAUGGUUAUUAUGGAUCAUGUUUUGACGAGCAAAUUUGUCAAACAUGUCAUUUAUUCCUUUUUUCUGAAGAGCUCACACAAGCUGUCCAAGAGGAUGUGCAUAAUACAAUGGGAGUUGAGGAUGGAGAUAGUGGAAAUGAUGAACCAGCAGAUAUAUUUUAUAAUGGUUUUCAACGACCAGUUCAAGAUGUACCUCUUGACGCGCGUGAACAAGCUGGUCCAUCACAAGAUCUUGCACGACGACUUCAAUUAUUAUCAGAAUUAUCAGCUCUACGUUCUCAACCCUUUGAUGAUGAUAGUGAUUAUUUCCAAGAACUUCCUCCAGAAGUUUUGUUAACUGUAUUUUCAUAUUUGGAUGACUUCAGUUUGUGGUGUGUAAGUAAGGUAUGCACACGUUGGAAUCAAUUGUUACGUUCACAUAUCCCACAAACAUGGCGUAGGUUUGUAGUUAAUUGUUGGCCUCUUUACCAGCCAUUAAAACCUGUUGAUGAUUGGCUUUCAGUUAGCUCAGCUCUAUUUGCUAGUUCAUCAUGCUUAUUAUGUAUACGUCGAAUGUAUUAUCGUCCACACGCUGAAUGUCAAGAAAAUUCAUGGAGAAGAAGACGAUUACGACAUGAAGUCAAAAAUUUAAAGACUGAUCCACCUGAAGGCAUCAGAGCAAUAUCUCUAGAUAAUCAUUGGUGUCACUGGCAAGCCACAAUUUUAGGACCAGCUGGUAGUCCUUUUGAAGGAGGAAAAUUUUUUCUGUAUAUACAAAUACCUUAUGGCUAUCCAAUGACUCCUCCAGUGGUCAGAUUUUUAACUAAAAUAUUUCAUCCUAAUAUUUCUCGUCAUGGGGACAUUGGAAUAGAUUCACUCCAUUAUAAUUGGAGCUUAGCAUUGACCAUUGCUAAAGUAUUGAUUUCUAUUCAAUCACUGCUAACUGAUCCAUUUUGUGAUGUAUGCAUGGAACCUGACAUUGCACGUCUUUAUAACAAUGAUCGACAGACAUACAAUACUAUUGCACAAUAUUGGACUCAUCGAUUUGCUAUGAAUGAUAUAUUAACUUGGACUAAUUAAGUAAUUCAUUUUAGUUUUUAAUUUUCCUUUAUUACGUUUAAAGAUCUGGUUGCCAAUUACCAUACUAAAUUUAUGAUCAUAACUUAUAAAGCGGUGUUAAAUAAGCUAUACUAAAUUUUAAGAAAGGAUAUAUAUCAGUUAAGUAAUGUAAUAUG